UUGUCACAUAUCUGUCAUAGUCAUGCAUUUGGCACAUCUUUAAGUCUGGUCAAGUCAACAAUGGCAUACACACUCAUAACAAGCAGCCUUUGAAUACCUUAACACCCAUUUCUUGCUUGAUCGCUACUCCAACUAUAUAGACCCUUCUUCCAUGCAACUUCCUUAUAUCUAUAGUUUUUCUCUUUUCUUUUUAAAUUACAUGACUUUAUAAAUAGCCUAAAAAUCAACUCAGAAAAGAAACACAAGUUCUGCGAUGGAGGGAACUUUAAUUUCUUCUAAAUCUUAUCCCGGAGAAGAGAAUAUUGACUUGAACCAAAUCACACUCCGACCCCUUAAUCUUUCUGAUCUUGAUGAUGUCAUGGUAUGGACAACUGAUGAAAAAGUGACCAACUUCUGCUCUUGGGAACCUCAUACCAGCAAAGAUGAUGGCAUAAACUACAUUAAAAAUAUAGCAACCAAGUUUCUAUGGUGCAACGCUAUAUGUUUUAAUGAUCGUGCUAUUGGAUGUGUUUCUUUGUCCUCGAGCUCGCCUCAUGAUAAAAGCAGGAACAAAACUGCAGAACUUGGUUAUGUUCUAGGUUCUAAAUACUGGGGUAAAGGGAUUGCCACAUGUGUUGUGAAACAAGUUGUUAAGGUUGCGUUCACUGAGUUUCCACACUUGGAAAGGGUUGAGGCUCUUGUUGAUGUGAAAAAUGUUGGGUCUCAAAAAGUGCUGGAAAAAGCUGGUUUCCAAAAGGAGGGAGUUCUCAGGAAGUAUUUGUUCAUGAAAGAAAAAAGCAGGGAUAUGGUCAUGUUCAGUGUUCUUUCUAAUAUUACUUAGAUGAAAUGAAAUAUGUUACUCUUUCUAUAAAAUACUAUUUUUUU